AAAUUGUGGAAUCAAUCGAUAUAGACGACGGGACGGAGCGAGAUUUGGGAGAGAAGGGAGAAACGCAACGCGCACCCUACCCCCGCACCGCACCGGCGAGACGCUUCCACACGUCUCUUCUUCUUCUUCUUCUUCUUCUUCUCCCCUCUCUCUCCUUCGUUGUCCUCUGACUAGUGACCUCAGCAGCACGCAGAGCCCAUCCGCCCCGCCCCCGCAUCGAAUCCUGCUCGAUGCGGCGCGGGUAGGGAGGGAGGGAGGGGAUGGUGAUGAAGCGGGAGCGGCGGUGCGUGGGGCACGGGGAGGACCGCAUCUCGGAGCUCCCCGACGCGCUGCGGCUGCAGAUUCUGAGCCUGCUGCCGCUUAAGUCGGCAAUCCGCACCGGCGCGCUCUCCUCCAAGUGGCGGGACCUGUGGGAGCAGCGCUGGCCCGUGCCCUCCUCGCUCCGCCUCCGCUUCCCCCCCUCGGCGGCGGCGGACCAGCUCGCGGCCUUCGACCGGCGCGGGAGGCGGCGGGCGGAUGUGUUCUCGAUGGUAUUCCAAACGGGCCAGCUCGCGCAGCCCGACCUCAGGCGCUUCCUCGACUACGCGGCCGCGUGCUGCGUCGAGGACCUGCAGCUCCGGCUCGACGGCACCGGCGGCCGGGGCUCGCGCGGGGGCCAGCGCCGGGCCGGCGCGCUCGCGGUGCACUUCCCCGUCGGGAGCCCGCUCCUCGCGCGGCUGUCGGUGCGGGGUCUCCACCUCACGGCCUCCGCCAACGCCAUGGUGGCCACGCUCGAGGUGAUCCAUCUCCACUCGGUGUCCCUCACCGACGCCGCGCUCAGGCGGGUCGUCGCCGCCUGCCCCUGCCUCCGCGAGCUCGAGCUCCGCUGCUGCCGCCACCUCCGCCGUAUCGACUUCACCACCGUCGGGGUCCCCAACCUCAGGAGCCUCACCAUCGUGGACUGCUCCCGUGCCACCGAGCUGCGGGUGCCAGCGGCGCCCCGCCUCCGGUCGUUCAGGUUUAGCGGCCCCUUCCUCGGCAGCAACCUGUUCUCUGGCACCACGGAUUGCUUUCAGCAUCUGUAUCUCUGCUCUGGCGGGCCAGAAACCGGUUUGCAGCACACUAACUUGCCAUCGGCGAUUCCUCACCUGGCAAACCUUACCGCCCUCACUCUGUGCAGCAUGGCCCUCCAGAAUUUGUCUGCCUCAGUAGCCAGCGUUGGCAAGGAGAGCAGCCUGCCCAAAUUGAGGGAGCUCCAAUUGCUCAUGUUUGGGAUGGCCAACUCCAACCUUGCAGACAUUUUCAGCUUCCUCAAGACCUGUCGCUGUCCUCAGUUGGAAAGGCUCUUUGUGCAGCUGCCUACAAACACCCAUGAUGCAUUCACGACGAAUUUCUUGGAGGUGGCAGAGGAAGAACCACCUGAAGGUGGAUUGGAAAACCUUAGGUUGGUCAAGAUGACAAACUUCAAGGCACAUAAGAAUGAGAGACGCCUGGUGGAUUUUCUGCUGAGGAAGGCAAGCUGCCUUAACAAAUUAUUCCUGGUUGCUCCUAAGGAGGAUCACCCACGAGGGCUCCAAAAGGUUCAGUCAGAUGUGCUGUCUCAUUUUCUAGAAACAGAAACCCCGCUUCUUGAAAGAGCUUCAGCAAACACCCAGAUAGUUUUCAAUGAGCAUGAUAGUCCUCGGGUCCAACCAUUGCAUUCAGAGGUCUUCAUCGGUUUCUAGCUUGAAGUUAGCAACAAUGUUGUAGUUCAAUUACCUGUUCUGAAUUGUUACAUUUAUAGCUGUUAGGCAACAGACAUGAAAAACAAAUCUGCAAGACAUACAGAGUUUGGUAUAAAAUUUUCGCAAAUUUGUAUUUCAAAUAUUCUUGCAAGAUUUUUGAAAUGUGAGGUACUGAGAUCUGCUUCAUUUUCCUCUUCUACUACCACCCUGUUCCUCCGAACACAACCUGACGCUUUGCCUGGUUACUAUAGCUUUGGAGUUUGUUUAUGUUUAAGUUGUUGCUGGGAAAUCAUGUAUAUGAAACAAAUCUUAGCAACAUGACCGACCAUUACAAGCCAGAAAACUGAUCUAUAAUCCUGUAUGGUGGAUUGAUUUCAUUGUACCUUUCAAUUGGUAAUGGUAAGUUAGUGCUGGUCUCAAAUCCUGUAUGGUGGAUUGAUUUCAUUGUACCUUUCAAUUGGUAAUGUGAUAUCAGGUAUGUUAGUGCUGUCCGCUUGAGGCGAGCUCCCAUGGUUAGUCUUAAAAUAGCUAUUGGCUUAUUUUGUCUAGGUUUCUCGACUUCUAUAUAUGUACAGUUUGUACAAAGCAAUCUGAUGAGGCCAAUUUCUGUAUAAUCUAUUGCCUUACCAUGACAAAUUACCUUAUGGCAGAUAAAGUUGUAUAAACUACAGAGACUAUGGACCUUAUAUCUGUUUUUUCAUUAGUUAUAUAUGUGAAACUGUGUUUGGAGCUUAGAUAGUACGAGUAGCAUGGAAAUGUACUUAAUCAUAGUCACCCUUUCAGACUCUAGCCAUGAUAUAUGUGCAACCCUGAAGAGAUGCUGCCAUCUGUGGUUCUGGAAGAAUUCCGCUCUUCUAUAAUGUGUCUUCCUUCAAGUAUGUGUUGCUUUUCUGUAAAGCUGUCUUGUUUACCCUAGCAUAACGCAAUAGUUUCUUAAAGAGUCACUUCAGAAAAUGCUUGAACUCUUUUAGAAACUACUACCAUCUUCGUGGUCAUAUUCUGUUUAUCGAUGCUAGUAAUAGGUGAACCGAUUUGAGUAUAGCAGCUUGGCAGAAGUAGUGUUAAAGAAAAGUAUUCCAAGGCAGCGCAACUUUGUAAACACCCUUCUCUAUCAAUAUAUUCAGUAUACUGAAGUAUAUCAAGAAAAUGCAACUUCAUAAACACCCUAGCUCUCACUAUAUUCAGUAUACUGAUUAUUCAGUUGAACUGGUUCAAAGAGCAGCAGAUCUUCCCUUCAUGCUAAUACAUACAUGCUUGCUUUCUGAUUUUGAGUAUGCAUGCUCUUCUUGGGCUUGGACGUCGUCGAAAUUUUGUACCAACAUUUAUGUAUUUCUAUUUCUAUUUAUGUGGAGAGGGAGUUGACUCUACAUCUCGCUUUUCCACCAAUAUAUUUAGUUGUAUGAUCCACAUGUAUCUUUCUGUUUAUUGUGAUACAACUAUAACAUACUCCCUCCUUUUCUCAAUUUAUGGUGUAUUAGGUUUCAUUAAGACAUUGCUUUUUUUGAAGAUAAACUGUUGGAGAGGCCCCUGGCAGUAAAAUAUAUUGAUAAAACAAAAUAUGUUACUCCCUCCGAUCCAUACUAAUUGUCUCAAAUUUGUGCAAAUAUGGAUGUAUCUAUGCCUAAAAAGCGUCUAGAUACAUGUAAUAUUUCGACAAUUAAUAUGGAUCGGAGGGAGUAAUACAAAGCUUUGAACAAGAAUUACUUUGUUAACAUGUGGUUUUUAUGACAUGAAAUUUAUAUCACUAGAUUCGUCUAGAAAAGUACUUGCUGAUAAUUGUUGUUUCAUAUCAUUUAGAUCACACUAAUGAAGUAAUUCUUGGUCAAAAGCUUGUCUUAAUGAAACCUAAUAUGCCAUGUAUUGAGAAGAGGGAGCACUAAACCAAAUGUUUUUUUUUGUGUGUGUGUGGAAGAAGAGUUGCAGAUGGUGGGAGCUAGCUUUAUUCGAUACUGGCAACAAUUGCUUUUCAAGUGCACUGAUGAUACCUCUGCAACAAGCUGGAAUGCUGAGAAGAUAUUGUUGGCACACUAAUGUUGGUGUACUAUCCUUACAUGGCUGGGUUUAUAACUGCUUGUUUUGUUUUAAAAUGUUAUGGUCUCGAAGUGACGCUGAGGGAUGAUGUGGAUGUGGGCAAUUUUUUUAUCUAGCUUGGUGACGUCGUAGUGUGCCGAUAUCAUGGUGAUGAUUUCCUGAAGUAAUUGAAUAGUGCAAUCAAGAAGCUGAUGUAGUUCAUGGGGCUAAUUGGGAGGCCUGGGUGGACAUCUUUUUGAAAAUUUGGAGGUGCUAUUAUAUGAAGCGAAAACCAUACCGUGUCUCAGUGCUAUGGAUUUGAUUUGCGCCUUAUUCUGCAAGCAUGCCACGUGAAACUGUAGAGCCACAUAGCAUUGUGAUUUGUGAAAGAUAUGGAUAAUGAUGUGAAGGUAUCCACUAUCUUACAACCUUUUUUAUGCACUUCCAUGCCCAACAGCAAUGAUACUUAUGCAUUUAUUUGGUUCUGCUAUAUUUAAAAUCCCUUGGGAUGAGAUCAGAUCUUCUGAAUUCAAAUUUUGGUAUAAAGAUUUCCUUGGGUUUCUUACUGAUGUCCAGCUAUCUGGAAUAGCCACUUCGACCUAUUUCUUGCGAAAGAAGGAAUACAUAUAAGAAACAACAGAAAUGGAACAUGCUAGAGCUUGGAGGAGGAAAAACAAGAUUGCUUUGAAUCAAUGCUGAUUGCAGCAUACACUUUGGUUUGCUGUCCAGCUAAUAUGUUGGCAUUAUGAUCUGCAUAUCCUGUUGUGUCCAUACUAAACCUUCAAACCGUGCUUAACUUAAUUUUUGUCCGACGCUUAGUAAAAUGGUGAACUAACAGAUAACGAAUUUGCAGCCUAGCCUAAAGCAUCUGCAUCUGUCUGAUCGCUUCAAUUGCCGUAAAGUUCUUGGAAGCGGGCAGGUAGUUAGCCUCUUGGCAAUUACAUCAGUCAUGAGUUACAUUCAUUCUUCAUGAAUUCACACUGACAAUUCAUGUAUGCAAAGCUAGACAAUCUUUUGAAUGAUGCCUGCUAACUUGCAUAUGACUUGGUAAAGAAUUCUGUUGCAUGGAUGGGUAAAUUAUUCCACCUGGCUAAUAAUGUCUUGCCACAGGAACUAAGGUUUACCUUCCUCAGUUAGAAAAACACCAUAGAUGAAAAUUAACACUUCUCGCAGGGAACUUCAUAUAUUCAUUGUUCUUACUUGAUGGAUGGGCAAAUUAUUCCACCUGGCUAAUGAUGUCCAGCUAAUAUGUUGGCAUUUACACGAGGAGUGAAUAUGUUCAUGGUUUUUUAAGUGCUUGCCGAAUGGAUAUCAUAUUUGCUGAAGGUAAUCCAGGGCCUCACGCAAGCCUGGGGAGCAAAGAAGAUCGUGAUAAAGAUGAUAAAGAUGUCUGAGCAUGUAAUACCUGUGAAAGAGCUCAUCAGACAUCAGCUGGUGAAAUGUGUGUACCUGUGUGCCAUACAAGGUAUUUUUCUUUUAGGCUGCUGUUCUUGGGAGUCCCUCUGAUUAUGUAUUUCAUUGUAACAAGUGGUUUGGAGAAGUCUUGCCACAACAGCUCAGGUGCCUAAUACUUCCAAUCCUCCUUGCAUAAUACAUCGUUCACUACUAUUUAUAUGUUAAAAUUGUGACCAACGAAUUUAUGUUUUGAAUGUAUGAGUGCUCUCUAACUGUUCUCUCUCAUGUUUCUGUCCUUUCCAGUACAUGCUAUUCUUUUGUCUUCGGUUGCACUAUUGUUCAGUGUAUUAUAACAGUCUGGGCUACGUGAGACCAGACUACUUUUCGUUGUAUGCUUCAGGUCUUAGUCCGCGGGCUAUGUGCUACAGGGGUGCUACGUAGACAAAUUUAUUGUAAGUGGUGAUUUGGUGUAGCAAUUGGUCCUUCCCCUCCUCAAAGUCGAGAGCACAUUGUAUGUCUUGGCAGGGUGCACAAUCCCUUAAAAAAUGGUAGGUCAUAAAGUCAUGUCUAAAGUUGUUACUAAAAAGAGACUAACCAAUUCUUCUGGAUGGAAUCCUAUUGAUGUUCUCCUCAUUCACUUGAUGACCCACUUUUCUAAAUUAUUUUAUUACAGUUGUCCCUUUCGCUUCUGGUAAUUUUUUUCCUUGCUCUUCAAAGCCACCCAAUACCAAAAUAAAGUGGGUGGAUGUACUUUACAAAGCUCAUUCAUGUUAUUACGACAUUACAUAUAUGAUCUUGCGAAGAACUCAGCUGAUCGAUGUAAUCUUUGAAGUAGGUUCUGGCUUUCUGCUCAUCCUUUGCUUUGCAUUUUGGAUUCUGUUGAGACACAAAGCAAUCCUUGACUGAUGGAAGGGUCCACAGUCUUGACACUCCGGAGGUGAGUGACUGUAAUUAGCAAUUAGGUGGUAUGCAAAGAAAUUAUUCACUCAAGAAUUGUAGUGGAACCUCAUUGUACAUAGCUUAUGUAUGUUCUGCUAAAUUAUAGCUUUGGUCCCUAAAGUUUCUGAGGAAACACUAUUCCCUACGUCCACGUUGUAGGUUCUGUUUUCUAGGUACAAACAUACUUCUACAUUUGGUAGCUAGCUGAUGUGUUCUUCUAAAUUCAUGUUCUGCGGUAUAUAAUAGAAUACUCAGCAUUCCUUAUUUAGUUGCUUCGGGAUUACAAACUGUCUAGGUGUCUAGAUAGCAGUUUCGUAUUCACACAGGGACUCUGGGAGCUAUGUUCCUUAUUUGAUUCCCUAUUUAAAAUUCCUUUUUUGUUCACUCAGUGCAAAGGUUCCUUGAGGCCGAAGGAUGGUAAGAGAAAAUAUGUUGUCUUGAGCUCUGAAUUUUCUUGUAGUAAUACGAGAUUAUAAAAUGAGAUGUGCUUCAGUAAACCGUCUAUCAACUCUGAAGGCUGGAGUAAGGAGGGUACAUCAUUACAUCACAUGGGGUGGGCGAGGUGGUGUGGCCCUGGGCUGAUGGUACUACUAGACUACUAAUUGUGGUACUACAGCCUCUACUUGCCUACUGGUCCAUUCCUGUUCAGUGCUCACACCAACCAAAUGGCCCUUUUCCAUCACGUGUUUCAUUGCUUACCUCCUAUUUUAUUUUCCCUUAAACGUCAUCUGUUCUAACUAACUUCUUAAUUAACGUGAAAAACAUGCUGGAUAGCUGAUAGCCUGCUGCUCCCUCCGUCCAAUAUUAAGUGCCGAAAUAUUACAUGUAUCUAGACGUAUUUUAGUAUAUAGAUACGUCCAUAUUUAGACAAAUUUGAGUCACUUAAUAUGGAACGGAGGGAGUACUAUUAUUCACCCUCCAUUUUUGCAGUUCUUGCAUGGUUCCCUUGGGGCUAUGAAAUACCUGUUAAUUUAGAUUUUUUGGUAUUCGCUUGAUUUGGCAUUUAUCUUCCUUGGAUUAUGUUCUAUCAGGCUAGUAGUAAUUCUACAUGAGCUUAUUAUUUUAACUCUUCUAUUAGAAGGUGCUGUGCAUAGUUAGGUCCAUCUUUAAUGCUAAAACAUAGAUUGACCCCACAUAGUCUUUCUUUUGAUGCAUUUAUAUAUGAUGCGAAACCCGACAGUAAUUAUGUAUUUUCCAACUGAGUCUUCAUUUGGCCUGUCAUUGCAUGUCAUGUACCACACAGAAAAAACAUAAACCAAUUGUCUAGCUCAACUCCAUGCCCACAACUCCAAGACUCCCCCAGGAUGCACAAGUAUUAUUGUAGCUGUACAGUAUUAGUUACACGAGUUUAGAUUGUUGAAAGCAUCAGCAUAAAUGGUUCAUUCUGUCCUGCAGUUUCCAAUCAAGUGGCAAUCUAUGAUGAACCAGCUUCAGCAACUCUGCUCCAACAUUAACGUGUAAGGUGCCAGAAUAAUCAUCUGAAUAUCUGAUGCUGCUUCAGUUCUUUCAGACAGCCAUGACAACUGUCACUCAUAUUCAGACUAUUACUUCUCAAUUCUGUUAUGGAUCAUAUCACGGCUGAAAGCCUCGGUUGAAGGGUGAUCGGUGAUAUGGAUAUAGUUUUGUCUAUCAUCGCCAGCUACUAUCCCGGCAGUGCUCGUGAGGGCAGUGGUGGUUGGUCGCUCAACUUGCCCAGCUAUUGGACAGCUGCGCAGAUCCCAGCACUGUCUCAGCAAAAGAACGAGCAGCUCAGUCGCUGAAGGAGCUAAUGAGUAAUGAGCAACUCUGGUGAUGUCUGAUGUAUGUCCAGAGGGUGCAGUUCCAGAGACGGUGAGGUUCUCUCGUCAAAAGGAAGAAGAGCAGGAAGGUUGGAUCUGUCGAGAUGCUAUUCCAUGGCUUACGAUAACGCUGACUCACCACGAGCAGCAAUCACCAUGGGGGUCACCUAUUGACCAGUUGAUAAACACCAAACCUAACUUACUCAUCCAAAAGCCAGGUCGCUCGGCGAGGUUGUUAUGUCAGCUCAUCAGCUCUAGUUUUCUCUUACAGUGGAUGAUCUCAUCAGCUCCUGUUUCCUCAGCUGGCACCUCCGGCGGCAACAAUCGUGAUUAAGCUGUCCUGGGAUGCACCCUCAAAGUCCUGAUCCCUGAUAAAACUGACAAGGAUAUCCAAGGAAGACAACAAGAUGAUCGGCACAUGCUGUAGGUUUUAUGGGUGCCCUGGGAUUCGUAGCACAAUUGCUCCGCAACUUCCUAUUGACUCACUCUGAUCUUCUUGUCGUCUUGUUUCCAUUCAAGAUGACGGUAAUCUCUCAACCGGUUGUUGUGAGCCUGUUGAUGGUGACAUGUGAUGGCAGACGGUGAAAGAAGAUCAUGACUCUCGAGCAUCCCACCGUUUAAAAAUCUGAAGACGUAGGAAUAAGAAAAACAGAAAACGUAGAAUUGAAGGUUUACGUCCUGUUGAAUCUUACAGGAAACAAAAGGUAGCGGGCGCACGACGCGCGUUAGUCUUCUGGCGCGUACGAGCACAACGACUCGUUGAGUACAAGUGUGUAUCAUGCAUGCGUAUAGCUUGGUAAAAAUCCAUGUGUUUAAAAUGUUUUAACUCAUAAGCAGUAUACUCGAUUUA